CAGGCCGGGCCCCCAGGCGGUGCGACAGGCACCGGGCCCCCAGGUGGGGCGACAGGCACCGGGCCCCCAGGCGGAGCGGCGGGCGCCGGACCCCCAGGCGGAGCGACGGGCGCCGGGCCCCCAGACGGGGCGACGGGCGCGACCCCCAGGCGGAGCGACAGGUCUCGGGCCCCCAGGCGGAGCGGCGGGCGCCGGACCCCCAGGCGGAGCAACAGGUCUCGGGACCCCCCCAGGCGGAGCGGCGGGCGCCGGACCCCCAGGCGGAGCGACAGGGCUCGGGCCCCCAGGCGGAGAGAGCGGGGCUCGGGCCCCCAGGCGGAGCCCGGGGCGGACCCCCAGGCGGAGCGGCGGGUGCUGGACCCCCAGGGCGGAGCGACAGGCACCGGGUCACCAGGCACGACAGUGGGCUCCGAGUCAACUGGCAUG